UUUAUUUUAUUAUUUUUUUCAAAUAAUAAUAUUAAUAAUUUAUCAUAUUCUUAUUUUUCUUUAAUCUUUCGUUUUUCAAUUAAAUUUUUUCUCAACACUUCGAGCUGAAAUUUCUGGAAAUUUGAUUUUGGUGGACGAGAUUUCGGGUAGGACUGCUGCUUAUUCUUACAAUUUUCCUGCAAAACGUGAUCUUUCUCUUUAAGGGAAAAAAUGGGUCUCAAACAAGCUAUAAAGAGCCUUGAUGCGUUUCCUCGUGCCGAAGAGCAUUUGUUGCAGAAGACACAAUCUGGGGCACUUGUUUCUAUUGUUGGUCUAGUUAUAAUGGCUACAUUGUUCUUGCAUGAGCUGAGAUACUAUCUUACAACUUACACCGUCCAUGAGAUGUCUGUGGACUUGAAACGUGGAGAAACUCUUCCAAUUCAUAUAAAUAUGACAUUCCCUGCCUUACCAUGUGAUGUCCUAAGUGUUGAUGCCAUCGAUAUGUCUGGGAAGCAUGAAGUGGAUCUUGAUACAAACAUUUGGAAGUUGCGCCUGAACAGUCAUGGCCACAUUGUUGGCACUGAAUAUUUAUCUGACCUUGUGGAAAAGGAACAUGAACAAAAACAUGAUCAUGAGCACUCUGACCACGGAAAUCAUACGGACAGAGCCUUUGAUCAAACUUCUGAGGAUAUGAUAAAAAAGGUGAAGCAAGCAUUGGCAAAUGAAGAAGGAUGCCGGGUUUACGGGGUUUUAGAUGUCCAACGGGUUGCUGGAAACUUUCAUAUUUCAGUUCAUGGACUAAACAUUUUUGUUGCUAAUAUGAUUUUUGGAGGAUCUAAGAAUGUGAAUGUGAGUCACAUAAUUCACGAUUUGUCUUUUGGGCCAAAAUAUCCAGGGAUUCACAACCCACUUGAUGAGACAUCACGGAUUCUACGUGAAACAAGCGGAGUUUUCAAAUAUUAUAUAAAGAUUGUUCCGACUGAAUAUCGGUAUAUCUGGAAAGAAGUGUUACCAACAAAUCAAUUCUCUGUUACGGAGUAUUUUUCACCAUUGAAAGACUUCGAUAGGUCAUGGCCAGCUGUCUACUUCUUGUAUGAUCUGUCACCUAUUACUGUCACCAUUAAAGAAGAACGGCGUAGUUUUCUCCAUUUUAUGACUCGUCUUUGUGCAGUUCUAGGUGGAACUUUUGCUUUGACAGGAUUGCUAGAUCGUUGGAUGUUUAGGUUUAUUGAGGCAGUGACUAAACCAAAUACUAGAAGAAGUGUACUGCGAUAGACUUGACUUUGCUAAUUACCCCGUUGACUCAUUGGCGUCUUUCGACGAACCAUUGAAAACCAAGUUAGCAAGUGAAGUUGGAUGUAGAACGUGGAGUCUGGAGACCAGAGUUAAAACACAAAACUGCUUAUGUAACUUCGUUUCGUGUUUCUCCCCCUCUACUGGGCGACUGUUCUUUAUAGUGUCAUGUUGCCUGCCUGCCAUCUAUUUUGUUUUUUGGUUUUCAAUAGGCUUGGAGCUCAGGGUUGGUUAAAGUACAAGAUUGAUUGUUGUAGCUUAGUGAUAUUUUACAGGUGGUAUUCUUUUAGGACCCCUAAAUUUUGAUUGAUUUAGAAUAUGCAGGAAUGAAGAUGUACUUUUGAUUUGAGUUAUGGAAAGAAAGAAGCCACGAUCCAUUUUCGAACA